AUGGUGCGAUUAAUGCUUUUGCUGCUGCUCCACACCCUAGUCGUAUUAGGGCUAGCAUUCCCUGUCCCUUCGCAGUCCUCCCCGCUUCUAGGGACAUUCGAAACCCCCUCCGUUCAUACCCGCCCCCGCUUCCGCUACUGGCUCCCAGACGCAGGUGUCGACAAGGAGACCGUAGCCGCCAACAUCAAAGAAAGCGGGGCGCGCGGUGCCGGAGGCGUCGAAUUCGUGCCCUUCUACAACUACGGUGGUGAGCUUGACGGCCCGGCACCCCAAGCCGACUGGGUUACCAAUGGGUUUGGGACACCGGCUUUUCGUGAGGUGUUUCGGACUGCGUUGCAGGCGCACAAGGAUGCAGGCUUGCUGAUGGAUUUUGCUCUUGGCCCGAAUCAGGGGCAGGGCGUUCCUGCUUCUGUUGAUGAUGACGGAUUGCAGUGGGAUUUGGUCCCAUACUCCAUCGAAAUUGAUACGAAUGGAACAUUCCAGGGCCAAAUUCCUGGCUGGGGAGAUGGAGAACUAAUCGCAUGUGUAUCAGCGCGCGUCCUCUCACAGACGAACGUUUCUCUACCAGAGAUCAACUCGCCUUUCCUUAGCGGCCAGGAUGGCUAUCUCAGAGUUGUACUUGACCACGAGAGCCUGACCGACAUUACCAACCAAGUCUCUAGAGAUGGACAGCUUUCAGUAACAUUCCCUACUUACACAGAUGCCGUUGGGCACCGGGUGUUCGCCUACUAUCAGAAACGAACCUUGCACAAGAACUUGGUUUUCGAAAAUAAUGCCACCGCGACAAUCUGGGAUAAUGGAUCGUAUGCUGUGGAUCAUUAUAGUGCGCGAGGUGCCCAGACGGUCAUUCAUUUCUGGGAGGAGCAUAUUCUCAUCGAUGGGAUUAAAGAGCUGGUGAAGGAAGUAGGGCACUACGCAUGGGAAGACAGCAUGGAACUAACCUCCAACACAUCCUGGACGCCAUCCCUGCCCAAGAAGUUCGAAGACAAGCUCGGCUACAGCCUUCACCGAUACCUCCCUGUACUGAACUUCGGCACCCUCUGGCCAAACAACAACGUCAACAUCCAGCAAUUCCGACCCGGAGCAAUCCAAAGCAUCCUGAAUACACCCGAUGCCGGAGCCAGUUACAUCAACGACUUCCGCAGCGUCCUGGAAGACUGCUACAGGGAGUAUCUGCAAACCCUCACCAACUGGGCCCAUAAUGAGCUCGGUCUCGAAUUCUCAGCACAAGUCUCCUACAACCUCCCCAUGGACAUGGAAGUAAACAUCCCCUACGUCGACGCACCCGAGUGCGAAAGUCUCCAGUUCGCCGACAGCGUCGACGCAUACCGCCAGUUUUCAGGCCCGGCGUUGCUGGCGGGAAAGGACGUGGUUUCGAACGAGAUGGGUGCGACGACGGCUGCGUAUGGGUAUUCAUUCCCGCAACUGCUGUUUUCGGUUGCUCGUGCUGUUGUUGGGGGUGUCAAUCAGUUGGUUCUCCAUGGGCAGAGCUAUAGUGGAGAUUACUGGGAGACCACCUGGCCGGGAUAUACGGCGUUCUCGUAUACGACCUCGGAGCUUUAUUCGGAUAAGCAACCCUCGUGGAAUCAUGGGUUGGAGGACGUGCUGAACUUCUUUGCGAGGGUUCAAUGGACUCAGAGACGGGGUGUUCCGAGGGUGGAUGUGGCUGUUUAUAAUAAAGUGUCCGCCACGGAUUCGGUCAACUUCCCUCCAAUAUACAAAGGGGAUGACUUGGUUAAUGAAGGAUGGUCGUGGACAUACCUUUCCCCAGACAACUUUGCCCUCCCAGAAGCUACAGUGAAGAACGGUGUCCUGGGCCCAGAUGGGCCGCGGUUCAAAGCCCUCAUCGUGACAAGCACCAGCAAUAUGACGUUAUCCGGGGUGCAAAGAAUCCAGGAAUAUGCAAACCAUGGACUCCCAGUCUUAUUUACUGGAGGCUUGCCAGGCAUCUAUGACUCUGCGAGAGGUAACGGAACUGAAACCGCGCUCAUCCAGACAGCGCUCACAGAUCUGGCAUCCUCAUCUGAGAAUGUGUACCUUGUUGAUACUGGGAGCGCCGCCAAAAAGCUAGCAUCCCUUGGACUCGCGCCCAAUAUUAAAGUCCAAACCAACGGGAAAUGGUGGACGACCUGGAGAGAGGACGCCUCGAGCGGAGUCGACUACGCCUUGAUCUUCUGCGACACAAACGCUUCUUCUGGAUACAUUACUGUGACUGGGCCAGCCAGCAAGAAGAUUCCUUUCUACCUCAAUGCAUGGACGGGUGCUGUCUCGCCUGUUUUCACGUACAGUGUGACAGACCAGGGCUUGACCAUGCCCGUAUCGCUGCAAGGCAACCAGACAAUGAUCGUUGCAUUCUCUCACCAUUCGUUGACUAAAGGCGAAGUACCCAAUAUACAUGCCAUCGAUACCCCUUCUUCAGUGAUUGGCACAAGCUUCGACGAGCGAGACAGCUGGGUUGCCCAUGUCGCCAACCAGGGGUCUGCCGGCACUGGAUUGUUGGAGCCAAUCCGGCUUUCAAACAACAGAACCAUUAAGCUGCCUCAGUAUAAACAGAUUCCUCGCCCAUUCAAUCUAACCAACUGGACCCUAACCGCUGAGCACUGGGAAGCCCCAACGAACCUCAGCGACGCAUCAACAAUCGCGCGCAAGUACAACACAACCCACCAACUUCCGACCCUUGUCUCAUGGACCGAGAUCCCAGUUCUCAGGAAUGUAUCCGGACUGGGCUAUUAUACUACAACCUUCCAGUGGCCACCAGCCGAACUAAAAGCAGACGGCGCAUACAUCUAUUUCCCGCGCAUCCUACACGCAAUACAGGUGUAUAUCAACGGGCACAGAGUACCGGCGCUAGAUUACACGGACCCCAAAGCAGAUAUAUCUCUCUACAUAAGUAACGGCACAAACGAAGUCCUUGCGGUCGUGCCGACGACCAUGUGGAACUAUAUUCGCAGUAUCCUGCCGGAUAUACGGGACCAGGGGCGUCUGCCGGGGUUACUUACCAAGGGAUUGCCGGUGCCGGAUAUCCAGGAUAAUGGGUUGGUUGGGGAGGUUAGGGUUGUUCCUUAUUUGAGUGUACGGAUUUCAGGAUCUUGGAGUUAG